AUGCCCGUUGAAGUCCAGCAGCCUCCAAAUGUCACUGGUGGCACCCCCACGCUGGAUGAUAUCCUAAAUGGCAUGCCCCGACAAGAUGUGGAGGACGAUCCCAUGGUUGGACUUGUGCUGAGUACCAAUAACGAUGGUGCUGUCAACUGCGAGCUUGCUGUCACUGUGGGGUUCAAAAAGGGAACCUUCAAGGGCACCCAGAUGGCCCUAACUGAGAUUUACAGUUUGCUGGAGGACGCAGCGGUGUCUCACUUUGACUCCAAAGGCCUGGAACCCAUCUUGUGCAGAAGCGAGACAUACAAACUGGAGCGACCCAUCAAAGGAUGGACCCUUGCGUUGAACGCCGCCGCCCGUAUGACCUUGGUUCCUUUUGUCAUUGCAAUCGAUCCGAAUCCGCAGACGAACCGCACGUUCAGCCUGGUGGACUGGUCAUACAACAAGUUCAACUUCCAGGAGCAUUACGUACCGAACGAUCUCAAGAAACGAGGUUUCGACGUGGAAUCCGAGGAUGGGCUCAAGUAUCGCAACUAUCCAUAUGCCACCGACAUGGCACUUCUCUGGGGGGGUUUUGAUACGAAAAUUCGUGCAGCGGACUCGUCCAUCUCUGACUGGUGCAACGAAGUCCAAACCCGAGGCCAGAUCAACAACUUCCCGACCAUCACAACCGUGGAUCAACUGAUCGACGCGGUCACCAUGUGUAUCCACAUUGCAUCACCACAGCAUACAGCCGUGAACUAUCUCCAGGACUUCUAUUACAGCUUCGUCCCGUCCAAGCCACCUGCGCUCUGCACACCUUUACCACAAGACCUGAAGACCCUGAAGACAUACACGGAGAAGGAACUCACCGCGGCGCUUCCAAUUAGUACCGAUGGCCCGAAAUGGAAGGAUUGGCUGCUCGCCGCACAAUUGCCCGAACUGCUCAGCUUCAAGGUCGAGUCGCGGGACAACCUGAUCACCUACGCCAAGUCACUCUACAACGUGAACAAGGGCCGGACCGUCCUGGAGAACAAGAAGUUCGACGCCGUCGCCAUCGCCAAAGCCGCCGCCGACUUCUACAGCGACUUGAAAAACUGCGGUCUGGCCUUUGAGUAUGUUCCGGCAAACCAGACUGAGGGCACCGUCGAGUACAAGGUCUUGCAGCCGGAUCUGACUGCUGUCUCGACCUUGAUCUGA